CCUUCCAGAAAAUCGUCAUUAGACAAUAAAGACCUAUAAUUCUGUUUGCGAUACAUGGACUUUUACGGACACCUUUAAUGCUUUUAAUUAAUUCUAUGAUUAUCCCGGAGACGCUAGAGCAUUCUUCCUCGUAUCACAAGUUGUAUAUAAACCAAAGGUCCACCGGUAGAGGAUUCAGUAUCAUCAGCAAUACUUCUCGCAAGAUGAAGACCAUCGUAACGAUCGUGCUUCUAUCCGCUCUUGCAUGCGCGGCGGAGCUGAAGUCGGAGUCAAAGAAGCAUAAGCGCGGAGUGGCGUUUUUCGGAUCGCCUGAUUUCUUUGGGCUCGUGCCAGCUUUCGCUCCUUCGCCGUGGACUCCUACGGCCUUUGCUGCUUCUGCCUGGAACCCAACGGUUACUGCGGACGUAGCGCUCACGCAGGUCCAAACUCAAGCCACGCACAAUGUCGCGCUUCAGGCGCUGAAGGAUCCGGCACCCGGUACGCCCACCAUCGCCUAUCCGCCCGAAGUUCUGAGAGCGAUUCAGCAGGCAAAGGAGGCGAACCACAAUGUUGCCGUGGCUCAGCAUAAAGUUGCGGAGGCGAAACAAGCCGCGCUGAUUCAGCAGAAAAUUGCAUUGGCAAAGGAAGCGGCGGCGAGGGAAGCUGCCGCGAGGUCGCAUGAAAUUUCUCAGCACGCCGAGACCGAAGCUAAAGCUAGCGCUCGACAGCUCGUGGCACUGCAACAGAGAUUAGCAACCCUAAAGGAUGCUGUGGCAGCUGCACAAAGAGUAGCAGCAGCGAGGGAGACUGCUGCAGCUGCAGCGAUUCAAAGAAACGCAGCUAACACCGCCGCGGAAUUGCGAAAGCUGGAUGUUGACAAACAAAUUAAUCAGAGCGAGAAGGAAGCUAAGGAAAAGGAUAUAAUAGCUGCAAAGGAAAACGCAAUAGCAGCUGCGGUCCAGCAAGCGAGCUUCCAGAAACCUGCUCAUCAUCAUUGGGGCUAAAAAACGUCUUACAUUAAUGUAACAAUCGUCACAUGACAUUAUAUGUGUUUUUCACUUAACAAUUAUAUCGACUAUACAUUUAUGGUGAUGGUGACAUAAAAGGGCAUUUAUAGUAUUACGAAUAUAAUUUUGUAAUUGUUAUUCUAUCAAUAAAAGUUACAUACAAUUUA